AUGUCCCAAUCCUCAGUUGGCCUGAAUGAUCCAACCACCGAGGCGAACUCAACACCAUCACAUGCUACCGCAAUGCCUACAAAGCCUAGCGGCCUCCCACUUACGCUCAUCCUCGCGGCUACUCCUAACCUCGGCAUUGGAAAAGCCGGACAACUGCCGUGGCCAUCACUAAAGCAAGAAAUGGGCUACUUCGCACGCGUCACAAAACGCGUCCCUGCAGUCCCCUCCUCGCAAUCACAGCCGCAACCGCGUAAGCGCAUCAAUGCUGUUAUAAUGGGACGGAAAACUUGGGACUCUAUACCCCUGAAAUUCAGGCCUUUGAAGGGGAGGAUGAAUUUCGUCGUUACGAGGGAUGUGGGUAGUGAGAAAUGGGCUUCAACUGCGCUGAGAAAGGGUGGGGGGUUAGAAGAAGGCCCGAUAAUUGUGUCAAGUAUUCAAGCUGCUGUUGAGGCGUUAGACGGCGAGGAGGUGGAGAGGCGAGAUGUGAGUGUUGAACGCGCUUUUGUGAUUGGAGGUGGGAGUGUGUAUAAAGCUGCUUUGGAGCUUCCCCAGACGAGGAGGGUGCUGCUGACGAAGAUUGAGAGGGAGUAUGAGUGUGAUACUUUCUUUCCUGUAGAUUUGGAUGGGGAAGAGGGGAAGAAGGAGGGAUGGGUGAAGCGGAGUAGAAAGGACUUGCAGGACUUCGUAGGAGAGGAGGUUGCGGAGGGGGGCUUGGAGGAGCAGGGAGUGAGGUUUGAGUUUUGGAUGUAUGAAAAGGGGGAGGAUGGAGCAUGCCUAUGGUUGGAGAAAAGGGACAAGAUCGACAUACUCUUGCCUCGCCUCAAAUCGGCAACAACGUGCCUGAGGAAUGCUUACUACCCUAUCUUGAUAUUUAUGUGUUUCCUGCUACCUCUCUAUAGAAGCUGUUCUCCAUUGAAUUCCCGCAACAUGAUACCUCUUGGUUUUGAAGAGAGGCAGUUUGAGCUACUCAGCCCUGGCAUUUCCCGCUCACCUGCCAAGACACCCCAACAGCGCCUAAAUUCGCCUUCACUAUUAUCGGACGCCUUUGCAAACCCUAAGGCAUACGCAGGUCCAGUUUACUUCAACAAUGUCGCCCCCAAUAUUAGGACUUGCGAGAUGCGAGUUCUUCGGGCCCACGAGUCCGGGGCGACAUGAUACGCCCAAAGUUUGGCCGCCGGCUUCAAGAUCAUCCGAGUGUCCGCGCAAGUUCGUCCGGCAGCCUUCUAUUGAACACUUUGCUUCAUCUCUUUUCCUGAACCCCGAGUCUAUAUAUAUUGU